CCUGACAUUGGCUCUGUGUCUGAAUAGCACAUUAGUGGCUUUGGGGGGAUCUGCUUACAGUCAGAAAACUUCUACUACCGGUACUCUCACAGAGGCUGGCAACACUGACAAUGCUUAUAUUGAGACUUCUUUAAAAUGUAGCCUGCAGGGUACCCCUCUUUUGCCUUCCUUCUCAAUGGAGGGGGACUACAUUAUUGGAGGUGUUUUCUCCAUUCAUGCCAACAUGCACAUGGUAAAUAAUGACUACACCACCGCUCCUGAGGCUCCAAGGUGCACGGGGAGAAUAGACCCACGUGAACUGCGCUUUUCUCGUGCAAUGGUCUUUGCCAUUGAAGAAAUAAAUAACAGCACAGAGCUGCUGCCAAGUGUCAAACUGGGAUAUCAGAUUCAUGACUCAUGUGCUUCUGUGCCUAUGACCAUGCAUGUAGCAUUUCAGCUGUCAAAUGGCUACGACCCUGUAUAUUACACAAGACACGACUGCUCUCAAUCCGGCGUGGUGAUUGCUGUCAUUGGUGAAUCUGGAUCCACCCCGUCAAUCAGCAUGUCACGGGUUAUUGGAUCCUUUAACAUUCCACAGGUGAGCCACUAUGCCACUUGUGCCUGCCUCUCGGAUAAGAAGCAGUAUCCAACUUUUUUCAGAACAAUUCCCAGUGACCAGUACCAAGCUGACGCACUGGCCAAGCUGGUGAAACACUUUGGUUGGACUUGGAUAGGGGCCAUCCGGUCAAACUCAGAUUAUGGAAAUAAUGGCAUGGCAGCCUUUUUGAAGGCAGCACUCAGAGAGGGGAUCUGUGUGGAAUACUCGGAAUCGUUCUAUCGGACUGACUCACGCAACAAGAUCCAGAGAAUUGCUGAUAUUAUCCGGAGGUCAACAUCAACAGUAGUCGUGGCAUUUGCAGCUCCUGGGGACAUGAAGUUCCUCUUAGAGGAGAUGGCUAAAGACCGUCCUCCAUCGCGUCAGUGGAUUGGAAGUGAAGCCUGGAUUACUGACCCACACCUGAUGAGCUUCAGUUUUUGUGCAGGGGCUAUCGGAGUUGCCAUUCAACAAUCCGUCAUUCCAGGUCUGAGAGAAUUCCUUCUAAAUCUCUCUCUCUCAAAGGUGGCUUCCUCCUCAGUGUUAACAAAGUUCUGGGAGGAAGCAUUUGACUGCAAGCUGAAAAGUUCUAAUCCAGACGAAAGGACCUGUGAUGGAACUGAAGACAUUAAAACACUCUUGAGCCCGUAUACUGAAACAUCUCAGUUAAGAAUUACCAAUAUGGCAUACAAGGCUGUUUAUGCAAUAGCCCAUGCUAUUCACAAUGUUGUUUGCCUGGAAACGAAUAAAACUAUACAGUGUAAUAAACAUACAAAACUGGAGUCAAGCCAGGUUUUGUCAGGGUUGAAAAAUGUCAAUUUUACAAGAAAUAGUUACCAUGUGUCAUUUGAUGAUAAUGGUGAUCCUGUGGCUUUUUAUGAACUGGUCAAUUGGCAAAGGCAUGCCAGUGGAGUUACUGAACUGAUAAAAGUAGGAUACUAUGAUGCAUCACUGCCAGUGGGUCAGCAGUUCCAUAUCAACCGGAACAUAACCUGGUUGGAGGGUAGCACUCAAGUGCCAGUGUCGGUUUGCUCUGACAGUUGUUCUCCAGGAACCCGUAAGGUGUUGCGGAAAGGAAAACCCAUCUGCUGCUAUGAUUGUAUACAGUGUCCUACAGGAGAGAUGAACAAUGUGACAGAUUCUCCUAAUUGCUACCCAUGCCCCAGAGAAUUCUGGCCAAAUGCAAAGAAAGAUGCUUGUUUUCCCAAACGUGUGGAGUUUCUUUCCUUUGAUGAAGUCCUUUCAAUCAUCCUGGCUGCAUUCUCUGUUAGUGGAGCCUGUUUGGCCAUCAUAACAGCAGCAGUUUUCUUUCAUCACAGGACAACUCCAAUUGUCAGAGCUAACAACUCUGAGCUGAGCUUCCUACUGCUCUUCUCUCUGACCCUGUGCUUCUUAUGUUCAUUAACUUUCAUUGGAGCACCUUCUGAAUGGUCCUGCAUGCUGCGGCACACAGCGUUUGGCAUCACCUUUGUUCUCUGUAUCUCCUGCGUUCUUGGAAAAACCAUAGUUGUUUUAAUGGCCUUUAAAGCAACACUUCCAGGAAACAAUGUAAUGAAAUGGUUUGGUCCUCCACAACAAAGAAUGACUGUAGUGUCUUUUACAUUUAUUCAGGUUAUAAUAUGUACAUUGUGGUUGGUUGUAAGCCCACCUUUUCCAAAGAAAAAUCUAACUACAUAUAAGGAGAAGAUCCUACUGGAAUGUGCAUUGGGCUCUUCUGUUGGUUUCUGGGCUGUCCUUGGCUACAUUGGUCUGCUUGCUGUUUUUUGCUUUAUAUUGGCUGUUCUAGCUCGGAAACUACCUGAUAAUUUCAAUGAAGCAAAGAUGAUCACCUUCAGCAUGUUGAUAUUCUGUGCCGUCUGGAUCACCUUCAUCCCAGCAUAUAUCAGCUCUCCAGGAAAAUUUACAGUGGCAGUGGAGAUAUUUGCCAUUCUGGCCUCCAGUUUUGGACUGAUGCUUUUUAUAUUUGCUCCAAAGUGUUUUAUUAUUUUGUUUAAGCCAGAAAAGAACACCAAAAAAUAUUUAAUGAGCAAAAGCUAAUAUCAAUUUUAGUUAUCUGGAAACAAUAAAAUAAUAAAGACCAGGAUACAUCUGGUGCCAUUUUUCAUAUCAACAUAUACAUUUGAGAACCAAUAGUGGUAGAAGUUGCUUAUUCUUUAAUGCAUUUGCUCAAAAUACAAGAUUUAUAUAGUAAUAAUAAUAAUUAUAAUGCAACAGACAGGUGACCAGUUCUACAUAGGAAGGGUUACUACAGAUAAGAGCACACACAGUGUCAAGAAUGAUUUCAAUGGAAGACAUGCAGUGGAACAACAAUAAACUACAUUCAAAUCCUAAUUGGUAGGCUUUUAUUAAUACAAUUUUUUUUAGGUUUUUUGUUUUAAAGAGUCCAGAGAUUGGUGAGCUCUCUUGUAGACUGGGAAGGUAUUCCACUUUCAUGAAGUAUCCGCCUGAAAGGCCUUUGAAACCAUAAAUCCUCAAGCAUUCAGGCUGGCUUUUCCUUUGUGCUGUAAGAAACAUCAUGGAAAAUUUUCACAUACUCCAUUCUGCCAAGCCCAAAGCAGCAAUUAACUGUUACUGGCAGAAACUGUGAGUGAGCACUUCUUCCGCAUCUUCAGAGCAUCAUCCCAGUCUGGUCUGUCUUGAUUUCUCUUCCAUAAGCUCUAGGGAUGCCUAUCAUGUCCCUAAAUAUUAUUCUCCUGGUGUAUUCCUGUUCUAUCCCUGAUACCAAAAAGCCCUUCAUCUUUGUCCGCUAGUGGGACAAAACCUUUUUAAUUUCUAAAAUAGUGAAUCUUUCCUAUCCUUCUUCCCUAUAAAUAAUAUUUUCGUCCCCUGGCCGGACACCUUCCCCAUGUCGGAGGUCUGAUUGUCCAUCUUCCUUCUUCUGGGUUUUCUUCUCUGAUAUUGUUAGGCUGGGAUGGUGGGGAGGCUUGGGUGGCCCAGCCCCCUGCUUAUCUUCUGGUAGCGUCGGAGUGCAGAUCUGCGAGUUAAUGCAAGAUGCCCAAGAAAGCAAAAACUUAAAACCCUUUUAAUCUGUACAGAAAAUAAGGAACUCAUCUUCCUGGCCAAUGGAACAGUACUUUACCAUGUAGGGACCUUUGAAGGCCAACAUUCAUCACUGAAGCUAAACAUGCCUUAUAUGCUCUGCCAUUCUGCCUCAUUCUAAACCACUUCCUAUUCCCUCUAAGCAUAUGAAUUGUCUACACACCAGUUAUAAAGUUUUUUUUUUAACAAUACCAGAUUUCAUAAUCACAUCUCUUUUGGUUAUUGAAUGACAAA